CGCUCAGGAGCUAGAGACUGAGGACCUACGCUCCGUCGGCAUCAAGCCAAAGCCAUGAACUCGGAUAAAUUCUUCACACUCGUCGGUUGAGGUGUGUACACAUUGGUGGUGUGGUGUUUGAGUGCUUUAGUGCACAGUCAGUGAUGCCUGUCACAUCUCAGCUGCUCAGGGGUUUGCCCCGUGCCAAAGUCUUUGUAUCCAGUUUGGUACCAUGUCAACACCACCAAUCCCAGUUUGGCCUCAUCGCUCCAAUGCCUGCGUUAAGGCAGAGACAUCGAUCGGGGAGAAGCUACCAGACAUCCUCAAGGCUCCACAGCUACAUCCUCACCCCACCACAGGUCAACUCUAUUCUGAAGGCCAACGAGUACAGCUUCAAGGUACCAGAGUUUGACGGGAAAAAUGUAUCAUCAGUGAUGGGUUUUGAAAGCAAUCAGCUUCCUGCCAACGCUCCGAUAGAAGAUCGUCGGAGCGCCGCUACAUGUCUCCAGACCCGAGGAAUGCUGUUGGGUGUGUUUGAUGGACACGCUGGCUGUGCCUGCGCUCAGGCGUUGAGUGAGAGAUUGUUUUACUACUUAGCAGUUUCACUACUUCCCCAUGACACCCUGUGUGAGCUCGAGGCUGCGGUGGAAAGCGGCAGGCCCCUCAGUCCCAUCCUGCAGUGGCACAAACACCCCAAUGACUACUUCAGUCGGGAGGCUCAGAGCCUUUACUUCAACAGCCUGCGAACAUACUGGCAAGAGUUAAUAGACCUAACCAGCCCAGGAGAGGUCCCAGACACACGAGAGGCCUUACUGAAUGCCUUCAAAAGGCUUGACAAUGACAUUUCUCUGGAAGCUCAGGUUGGAGACCCGAGCGCUUUUCUGCAUUACUGGGUUCUGAGAGUGGCCUUUUCCGGAGCAACAGCCUGUGUUGCUCACAUCGAUGGACCGGAUCUCUUUAUAGCCAACGCAGGAGAUGCUCGGGCCGUGCUGGGGGUGCAGGAGGAGGACGGUUCGUUCAGCGCUCUCACUUUGUCUAAUGACCACAACGCCCAGAAUGAGAACGAGGUUGCUCGUAUACGAAGUGAGCACCCUGCUUCAGAGAGGAAGACCGUUAUACGUCAGGACAGAUUGCUUGGCUUGCUCAUGCCGUUCCGAGCGUUCGGGGACGUGAAGUUCAAGUGGAGCAUUGAGCUGCAGAAGCGCGUGUUGGAGUCUGGACCUGAUCAGCUCCAUGAAAACGAACACACUAGGUUCAUCCCUCCCAACUACCACACGCCCCCCUAUCUGACUGCCGAGCCUGAGAUCACGCACCACAAACUGCGACCACAGGAUCGCUUCCUGGUGAUCGGCUCCGAUGGCCUCUGGGAGACCCUCCACCGGCAGGAAGUGAUCCGCAUAGUCGGAGAACAUUUAACGGGAGUUCAUCAGCGCCAGCCGCUCAAAGUCGGAGGCUACAAAGUCACUUUGGGACAAAUGCAGGGGCUGCUCGAAGAGCGAAAAACCCGAAUGUCCUCGGCCUUCGAGGAUCAGAACGCAGCGACCCACCUGAUGAGGCACGCCGUGGGAAACAACGAGUUUGGCACGGUGGACCAGGAGAGGCUGUCCAAAAUGCUCUCGCUGCCCGAAGAGCUGGCCCGCAUGUACCGCGAUGACAUCACCAUCAUCGUCACGCAGUUCAAUCCUCACGUGAUCGGAGCGCAGAGGCAGGAAGGAGAGUCCUGAGCUGGUUUCAUAUCCACACGAGCGGGCUGUACGAAACAUCUGUCCAGCUGUUCUAACACUAUUUAUGUAAAUGAACUUGUCUAUAUUUAUAUACGCAGUUUCACAGAAUGUUUGUUUUUUAUAAUCGGAGUUCAAAGCGUGAUCAGAAUAUCUGACACAAAAUAUUAUUUCUGUUUUCUUCAACAACUGCUCUCACACCUGUCUGUUGCUCAUCACACAAAUACUGACAUUUGUGCCAAGUUAUUAUCAAAAUAAGUGAUCCCUAUCAACUUUUUAUUAGCUUAUUGUCAAUUUGCACCCCAGACAUAUUUUCUGCAUCGCUUCUAAGGGAUUAUUUUUACCAAGAGCACUGUUGCAUCCAUUCAUGUGUUUGUUCCGUUGGUAUAAUUUCAGUGUAGGUUGUUGAGCCUGGGCAGUGCUGUCUGUCUGCUCUGCUCCAUUUAGACCUGAUCAUCCAUUUCUGGCAUUCCCUCCUCUGAUGAGGAUGAUUUGGAUUCUGUGUAAUAGCAACAGCAAGUUUUAAGAUCAACCUGCAGGUUGAUAAGAGUUCAGAGAUAAUCUGUUACACAAAAACCACAGUUUAACAUUUCAGG